AUGAACGAUGCCCAGCUGUUGUUGGAUUCUCGACAUUCAGCGGAAAAGGUGGGCUUGGAAGGCGGUCUGGGUCACAUGAACGGCUCUUCUACUUACAAACAGCCUCUGGAGAACCACCUCGGAAGAUACCGUGAGCUUCACCCACUUCCUCUUCAUUCCACCUCCACACACAGCAACAACCACCACUUUAUUGAGGCUGCGAUGCGGGUAGAGGGACCCCAGACAUCGCGUCAUGAGGUUGAGGGGGACGUGGCGGAGCUGACGGCUGCUGUUGAAUUCCUGGCCUCUCGCUGGCGAGUCCGUCCGGGCCAGUUCCUCCGGUCCAUUUUCUAA